AAUUAGCCUACUGUAUAUGAAAAUAAAUUUUUCAUUGAUCGGACAUUGUAGCAAAAGAGACAGUCUUGUAAGGUUAACGUUUAACUGAAGCGAGAAGAAUGAUUUUAAAUGUGUUGACAUAAACAACACUGACUUCCACUCCUGUUGAGUUAUGUCUGUGGAUUGGUUUUUCAUUGUCAAAUGACAGUAGGCCUGCACUCUGUGUUUGGCAUAACAUUUGUAAAUAUGUAAUGUAAAAAUAGCGUCCUAUACAACAUCAUCAUACUCCAUAAUAUUGUGUGUCUUCUCUAUGGUCACUCCAGUUGCAAGUUGUCCUUAGACUGAGACAGUCUGGUCAUUCCAUGGGAUUCCCCUUCUUGAAUCAAUAUAAUACAGAAACAGCGGUGAAGAGGCCAAGAAAGGAGGAAAUCCUUUCAUCCGAGGCAACGGCUACAAUAUCUGUUUACCGCAAUGGACAGCCAGGAGGUGGGGGAUUUACUGGAGGAGUGUCUCAGAGCAAUAGCAGCAACUCAACAGUCCACCCAGCCCACUGAGGCAGAGAGGCUGAACUACUGUAGCUGCAGAGACUCUCUGUGUGCAGAACUGGCCUCUCUCCUGCAGGAGGCAAUGGAAAUGAAGUGGCCCUUCGUGCCGGAGAAGUGGCAGUAUAAGCAGUCAGUCAGUGCUAAUGACAAGACCAAUCUCAGUGAUCUCAUCAGCAAGCACCUAGCUCAGCUACUGGCUGUUCUAAAGGCUUCCAUCAUGGCUCAGGAGGCAUGCACGGCACUGGCGGUGGUCUUCUUAAUCGACCGCUUCCUCUACUGGACGGACGAGUCCAGUCGGCUGCUGAAGAUCACCAAGCUGCUCCACAGACGCCACCCUGACACCCCUGUGGCCCCCCAGCUGGUCAUACGACAGGCCAGAGUCUACCUUAACUCUGGCAAACUACAGAAGGCAGAAUACAUACUGAGCAGUCUCAUUAACAAUAGCGGGGCCACAGGUUGUUGGGCGUACCACUCUGAAAGUGACAGGGCUCUUGUGCAGGCCGUUAGUGUUCAAGUGCGUGGAAUGAUUUUGCAAAAGCUAGGCCUGUGGCUAGAGGCUGCAGAACUAAUCUGGGCUUCUCUGGCUGGCUACUACGCACUUCCUCAACCUGAUAAAAAGGGCAUUGGAACCUCUCUUGGCAUACUGGCCAACAUAUUGGUGUCUAUGAAUGAUGAGGACUUCCACGCUUUUAGGACUAAUCCAGAUAUUGAUUUGCAGUCUUUACUCGGGGACAGGAAUCAUCGUCUUCUUUCAGCAGCCCAGGCAGCUAAGAUGGCGGUCGUAUACAGCCAGUACACUUCACUCUAUGUGUUGACCAAUGUGACAACUCAAGGGACCUGCUUGUUAUCGUACAGUUUCUCAGUGGAGUGCCCUGCCUCUCAAAGGCAGUCUUUCCUCCUGCAGGCUAGAGAGGCAUUUGCAAUCGGCCUGCUCACCAAAGCAGAGGGUGAGCUGGUCACCAGCAAGCAGGAGCUUCACAGCUUCCUCAAGGCUGCCUAUUCCCUCACUGUCGCUCACAAGUGGCUUGGCACUCCUCAGGAUGUUGAGGUGCAGGCAACUCAAGCUUGCCAAAAAGCUUUUGCAUAUUUCUACGAUUACUGCCAUGCAGAUACCCAGGACAAAGACCGCCUCUGUGCUGAUAUUAUGCAUCUGGUCUCCCAAGUCAAGCUUCUGUUGCGAGUGGAGCCUUUUCUUAAUUCAGACAAAGGGUCUUUUAUCCCUGACAGCUACAGAAACAUCAAAGACACACUGGUUGAUUUCACUCUGGAAGGUUUCACUAAGGUGAUGCAGAGAUUCCAAAAAUAUCACGAAUCACUAUGUGAGACAACCAACACAAACUGUAAGGGGACUAAAGACAAGAUAGAUGGGGCGGGGCUAUGUAUAACUGCACUGGGGACAACCAUUGGUACACUCAACACAGAAUGUAGCACUGAGGCUUGCAAAGUGUCAAAAGAUACACCCAAAGGAGAGGAGCCACAACAGAGAGGUUCAAAUUCAUCUGCUGUGCACCCACCUCAAAAGUCUGACCUGUGUACCACUCUAGGAAGCACAGAUAACCUUGGCUCUUCGUGGCAGAACUUCUCCUUGAGUAAUUCGGGAUCUCCUAGGCCCAGCAGCAGCGGCUACACAGGAAGUAUUGCCAUUGAACAGGAAGCAAAUGCAAGCAAUCAGAGCUGUCUGACCACUGAGGUUGAUGAUGAUAGGUCAGACCGCAUGCUACAAUCCACUGGCAAGAAUCAAAACAAGAAGCUAGACUUACAGGGUUGUAACUCUGGUGUCAGUUCCCAUACAGUCCAGAGAUCUGCAAUACUUGCCACUUCCUCCUCCAAUGCCAGUAGUGAUUCAGAGAAGUUUGAAGUGAUACAAGCUGGAAUAGAGACACUGAGCACUGAGGAGGAUUGCAUGACUGAUGUUGGUGUGCCGCUGAAACCGUCAGAAGCGGAAGGAGCAGUACAAUCCUUAUCCCAGCUAACUAUCAGAACAUCCUCCAGCUCUCUCAGUGACAGUUUCAGUUCCCAGUCAUCAUGGGAGAAAAUCUCAGUUGACCCAAACUCCCCCACAAACAGAAAACCGCAGCCAAGUAGCCUAUCAAAAGCAGGAACCAGCCAAAGCAGUAAGUCACCAGAGUCCGAUGGGAGCUUCUUCCUCUUGGAAACACUUGAUUCUGAAACCAGUGAUUCAGCUCAUGAUCCCACACACAAAAACCAUACACCUGGAUGGGAAUUCAGAGACUCAUCCAAGCCACAGCCUCUGGAGAGCCUUAAUGUUGACCCACAUAUGGACACUGAAGUUGACUCAGUAUCUGUAAAACCUGCUACCAAAAACUCCUUAGCAACCCCACACCCAAACCUUUCCCCGUUUGUCCCAGAACAAUGUGCUUCCACCGAAACCUCCACAGAGAGCUCAUUUGAGAUGCUGGAGGAGAAUCAAAGUGGACACCAACACAUUGAAGUCACUUCUAAAGAAAAAGUGAAUGUCCCUCAGAGGAAGAACCCCUUCUGCUACAGCUGCCUAAAGCACAGCACUGUAGAUGGUGUUGUCCCUGAGUCACAGUAUUUGUUGUCACAGCAUGAUUACCAAGCCCUACUGGCUGGAGUUUGCCAUGAAUGUCUGCUGAAGAGAUUGCACAGUGACAAGACACAAUUCAAACUGAAGCAACACAGAACUGCCUACAGUGCUCUUCAUUUAAAGUUCUCCAAAGCCACAGGACUGUGGACAGCCAGGGAGACCUGCGUUUACAUCGGGGAGCCGAUGGGGAUGCAAGGCAAGCAGAGAACAGCAAUAUGGGUACAGUUUUUACACCAGGAGGAAAGGUUAAGCAGUUAUGUGGGGAAAGACUACUUGAAGCCAAAGGAGAUCCAGUUUCAUCUGAAAGAUGUGGAGAGACAGAUGACAGCCCAGUACUAUGUGACUGAAUUUAAUAAGAGUCUUUACGACAAGGAAGUCAUGGCUCAGAUCUUCUUCAUUCCCUCGGAAGCACUAUUGAUUUUGAAUGGAAAUGAGAUUGUGGGCUGUGUAACAGUGGAGCCCUACAUGCUGGGAGACUUUGUCAAACUGACCAACAACACUGGAAAGAAGGACAAGAGUUUCCAGGCUACAGAAUAUGGCCUUGCCUUUGGACACUUUACCUACCUGUUCUCUGACUGCCAGGAAGUUGUUGUAGACCUGCAAGGGUGGGUGACAGCCAAUGGCAAAGGGCUGACCUACCUCACUGACCCCCAGAUUCACUCCACCAUGACCCCUCAAGGCCCCUCCAACUUUGCUGCCAGAGGCCUCAGGUACUUCUUAGAAGAGCAACAUGGACCAGAGUGCAAUGGCAUUUGCCAGCUGCUCAAACUACCUCCAGUGGUCAGACAGCCACAUGUACUGCCUCAGAAACUUUGAGAAGUUGCAGUUGUUGAGUGUUUGUGUAUGGGUGUUUGUAUUUCGAAAUUAAGUGGGAAAUUAAUAUGUUUUUAGAUUAUAAAAUAUGAGUAAAAUGCUGUUGAUGCAAGUUUCUGAAAUUUAGAGGUUUACAUAAUUUUGAUAAAGUGACCCCAGUUACAAUCAAUGUACUGUAUUUUUCUGUGUUUGUUUUUUUUUAUCUACAACUGAUAUAAAUUAAGUAUUUUCAGCUAUUCUGGUAACCUUAGACACAGCAGGGGUGUAUAGAUACCUUUCAUGUAAACAGAAGUAGAAUAUUUGCUUGUUGUAAUAGUCAUGGAAGUGAGAGGUGUGAGGUUUUAUAAAAUAUAAUAUAAAAUUAUAACCAUAGUUUAACCUGUGGUGCUAAAUGUUUAAACCAUAAACUUGGAUGUCAUUUAAAUUAUUGGCAUAUCUGGUGUUAGACAGGUGAUUAUUUCUCCACACUCACUGUCUCUUCAGUAUGCGACUAGCUUGCUGUCUAACUGGAUUGACAAUGCAGGAAUCACCUGCCACUGUGACAAAUAAUGUUGAGUGUAAAACCUAUCACAAUGGAGAAUGAUUGAGUCAGAAUAGGGAAAUAUGCCCAGAUUAAUGUAGCCAGUGCUUUACUUACUGAUGAUAAUAAAGGAGAAAAUGUGUUGUCCCCUGGUUAUACAAACAAACUGCAUGAUUGCAGGUUUCCUAAAGUGUAUGACCUCAACUUUUACUAUGUAAGUCAAUUGCAACAUUGAAGUGAAGUGUAAAUAUUGAAUCACAGGGAGAUUAUUUUUUUAUUGUGAAUGUAUACAGUAAAUGCUGUUGUUAAAUAAAGUUUAUAUGUGCUCAAUAGAGUAAAUCAAUAAGGCAA